AUGAUUCUCAAACCCGCUGAGCAGACCCCUCUCAGUGCCUUGUUUCUUGCCAAGCUCAUCAAACAGGCUGGUUUUCCCCCGGGCGUCGUGAACAUCCACCAUGGCUACGGCAGUGAGGUCGGCGCAGCUAUAGCCUCACACAAGGGCAUUGACAAGAUUGCUUUCACCGGAGGCACAGGCACUGGAACGGGGGUAAUGAAGCAUGCCGCAGGGACCUUGAAGAAUAUUACUCUGGUGACAGGCGGGAAAUCUCCUCUGAUUAUAUUCGACGACGCGGAUCUUGACCAAGCAGUAGCCUGGGCCCAUCUUGGGAUCAUGAGUAAUCAGGGUCAAGUGUGUACGGCUACCAGUCGUGUCUUUGUACUGGAGGCGAUCGAUACUCAUUCCCUGGAGAAAUAUUGCCGGCAUGUCCAGCAAAACACUAUCAUAGAAAGUCCGUUCUCUGAGGGUGUCACCCAUGGGCCACAGGUCAGUAAGCUGCAGCAGGAGCGAAUACUCAGCUACAUUGAGGCGGGUAAUAAGGAGGGCGCUACACUUCUCCUGGGUUACAGUCAGACCUUUCAUACUCCAGAGAAAGGUUACUUCGUGCCCCCAACGGUUUUCACUAAUUUCACAGACAGCAUGACCAUUUACCAAGAAGAAAUCUUUGGUCCUGUCGUGGUGGUGUGCCGAUUGGCAACAGAGGAGGCGGUUAUUCGCCGAGCGAACGACACCAUUUUUGGCUUAGCAGGAGCUGUGUUCACACAGGACAUAAAGAGGGGUCCUCGAGUUGCUCGCAAGAUCCAGGCUGCGCCUUUUGGAGGUUACAAACAGAGCGGCGUUGGGCGGGAGCUGGGAGAGAUGGGGCUGGAUGCGUACUCAUGUGUGAAGAGUAUAUUUACCAAUUUAGGGAUGAAGCUUCGAUAG